AUGUCUAAAGUGUUUAUCUCUACUACGAACUGUGGGAAGGCUCACGACGCUGAUAUUUUCAAAGUAGCCAUAUCUAUACCAUUCACCAUUACCGCCUCGGGUGAUGGAUAUAUCAAACUAUGGAAGAAUAAACUAUUGGAAAACGAACAACCUCGCGAUCAUUACAUAUCACAAUUUAUUAAUAAGACAGGUGUACAUCAUGUUGAUGUGUUUCAUUCCAUGGAGGCAGAGAAUUUGGAAUUGCUAAUUAUUACUUGUGUUUCGUUCUCUGGUGAGAUAUCAUUUUGGCAAUUUGAUUUUAAUGAGAAGAAAUUGAACAGGAUUGAACUGUUUGAUUCUCCUGAAUGGAAUAAGAAGUCAUUUUGGGCCAUCAAAUGGCUAAAAUCUGACGAUCAAGUCUUGUCUCAUAGAUUGGCCGCUACUGAUGUCAAGGGAACUACUUAUGUCUGGAAAUUCAAUCCUUUCCCCAAGGAUGAUGGUAUCGAGAACACGGAUAAAACGAUGACAAUGAGUAAGUUACAAUUACAAGGUGAAAUGCCUCCACCUUCUGCAGAAGCUGUAUUUGCCACAUGUGUCGAUAUGUCUCAUAAUGGACUUAUUGCCACUGGGUUUGCCAAUGGUACUAUUGUCGUUUCUCAAUUAAGUACAUUAAGACCAUUAUACAAUUUCGAAGGGUUUGGCAUUCAAGGAAUUGAACAAAAUAGUAAUACUGUACGUGCCGUUAAGUUUUCUCCCGCUGGUUCGCUACUUGCUGUGGCCAAUGACUCAGGUUCAUUUGGUUGUGUCGCUUUAUAUGAGACUCAAUUUGGAGAAAGAAUUGGGAAUCUUACUGUCCCCACGCAUAGUGGACAGUCUAGUGUGGAGUCAUUUGCUCAUAGUGGUUGGGUAUUUGCCUUGUCAUUUAAUUCCACUGGUGAAUUCUUGGCUACUUCUGGUUAUGAUAGUAAAGUGAGAGUUUGGGAUGUUAAAUCCAAGGAACGUGUUACUACCCUUAAUAUCACAGCUGGUGAUAUUGAAAAUGAAGAUGAUAUUUUGUUGGAGGAUGAAAAUGGUGAUUCAUUAAAAUAUCCACCUGUUUUAGACGUCUCGUUUAUUAAUAAGGGUAUCAGAAGUGGAAUGAAUAGUGAUGUCAAUGAGGGAUUGUGUUGUGUUUGUUUAGAUAGAAGUAUUAGAUGGUAUAGAGAAGCUGGUGGUAAUUAA